AUGUCCACCAAGCCCCCCGCCGGCGCCGGCGCCGCUCCUCCCACAGGCGGCGGGUCGACUCACAAUCCCCUGGGCACAAAGAAGACUCCACCAGCUACCCGCACGCCCACCGCGAAACCCAGAACUGCGCACGCUAGUGGCGGCGGCGGCGGCGGCAAUGACGAUGAGGAGGCCACCCCCUUCAGGCGCGACGACACCAACACAACCACCCUCUCCGCCGAGCACGUCCCCCGCCCCAACGCCAACUACUCGCACGUGAUCCGCGCGCCCAACCACACGCUCUACCUCUGCGGCUGGAUGGGCGACGAACCGGGCACGGGCAAGAUCCUGCACAAGACGUCCGCGCAGGGCCAGAUGCAGCAGAUCAUGCGCAACAUCUCCGCCUGUCUCGCCGCUGAAGGGUCCGGGCUGGAGAAGAUCGUCAGGCGGCGCGUGUACUUGCUGGACAUGGCGGAUUUGAAGGUGGUGGAUCGCGUUUGGGGCGAGUGGGUGCAGGCGCCGUUUCCGGUGAGUACGGCGGUGGGGGUGACGGGGUUGGCGAAGGAGGGGGCCAGGGUUGAGGUCGAGGUUGAGGCUGUGGUAUGA